AGAUCAGUAAUCGCCUAGUCACGCCUUUUCCUACUUCAUUCCCGGCUACUUUAGCAGCACACUUUAGCUCAUGUACAUUGCAGGAGUGAAAAAGAAGUUCCUGUAAAUUUGGGGGGGAAAAAAUUCAGUGGAGAUGUCGACUGCUCUUGAGAGUUACAUCAACCGGACUGUCGCCAUCAUUACAUCAGAUGGACGAAUGAUCGUGGGAACGCUAAAGGGCUUUGACCAGACGAUCAACCUCAUCUUAGAUGAAAGCCACGAGCGUGUGUUCAGCUCCUCCCAGGGAGUGGAGCAGGUUGUGCUGGGACUGUACAUCGUCAGAGGAGAUAAUGUGGCUGUUAUUGGUGAAAUCGAUGAGGAAACAGACUCUGCACUGGAUCUCGGCAAUAUAAGGGCAGAACCACUUAACUCCGUAGUGCACUAAGUUUCCCCCUGUGUGUAAAAGUACAGACUCAUUCAAACCACAGUCACAGUAUUUUUCACUGGCUCCCCCCUCUCCUCUUCCUCCUCCCCCUGCUUGGUUUAUCUGCAGAAAUGGAAUAGAAAUUUUUCACGUUGCUUUUUUUUUUUUUUUUUUUUUUUUUUUAAUGUAAAAAAUGCCUGACGUUUUUUUUACGUGUGUGAAAAUGAGAGAAAAUAAAUUGUAAAAGUC